AUGCGUUCUUUUCGCCGUUUUGGUGCUAGCGAGGCAAUCCGCCACGAUCGAGAGCCAGGGUUUACGUCGGAUUUCUGUCGGGCGUUUAGUCGCAUGUUGGGCCAGCGUCAACAGGCUACCAUGGCCUGUCGACCUCAGGAAAAAAAAACGUAUUGGGACGAGUAUGCAGAACGGCUGACGUUUGCGAUGAACACCGCGCAAGACCGAGUCCGGAAGGAGACGCCGUUCUAUCUGGUCCAUGAUUGGGAUGAUAGAACCACCCUCGAAGCUACAUUACAUGUAAUAAAUACGCGACGUCGAGAAUUUGGGCCGCGCAGAUGGAGAUAUCACAUUCAGCAACACUAUCAGCGGGUGAUAGCCCAGGUGAAUGAGAAUCUACGAGCGGCCAGUCAAGCUCGGAUCCUAGCUCAUAACGAAGGGGUGGUUGACCACAAGAUCCAGCCGGGAGCUCAAGUGCGGCUAUACCUGGACCGCGUGAAAGAAGGGUUGUUCCCUGUGGUACAUCUAUCCAAACUCAAGAGGAUUAGAGAGUUUUUCGACAGACCGAGUACCGCGUUAGAGACGGACGAAAUAGGUCGGGUCGACUUCGAUGAAUACCUGUUGCCGGAGGACACUUGGGCAAGAGAGCUGGAAGAAGGAGAGUACGAGGUCGAGGAAAUUUUGGAAGCCUGCACUGGAAAGAGAACACUCUACGAAAGACAACAACGAAAGCUCCUCGUCCGAUGGAAAGGGUAUGCAGACCCCUACUGA